AUGGAAGCUGUUGCGUUGCACGACUUUACUCCAAGUAGUAGUAAUGAAGAUGAGCUACCUUUUAAAAAAGGUUCAAUACUGAAGGUAUUGAACAUGACUGAUGACAAAAAUUGGUAUAAGUCUGAACAAAAUGGCAAAGAAGGCUUUGCACCCAAAAACUACAUCCAAAUGAAACCACAUGGCUGGUAUUAUGGAAAGAUACGCAGAUCUGAGGCUGAAUGUCUACUCCUGCAGGAAGAGCAUAAUGGGGCAUUUCUUAUCCGAGACAGUGAGAGUACUGCAGGUGAUUUUACACUAUCAGUAAAGUUUAAUAACAAUGUACAACACUUUAAAGUCCUUCGAGAUGGAGCUGGGAAAUACUUCUUAUGGGUGGUUAAGUUUAAUUCCCUCAACCAGUUGGUGGAAUACCAUAGAGCAGCGUCUGUAUCCAGAUCUCAGACCAUUUAUUUGAAGGAUAUGCAAAACGCAUACGAGGUCGCUCGUGCUCUCUUUGACUUUGAAGCAAAAGAUGAAGACGAAGUGGGAUUUAAGAGGGGAGAUAUCAUUAAGGUUGUUGAUACUAGUGAUCAACAUUGGUGGAGAGGAAAGUGUUACGAUAAAGAAGGUCUUUUUCCAGCAAAUUAUGUGCAAUCUAUCACUACAAAUUGAAAUUUUCAUGUGAAAUUCCCCUUAUAAAAUCUGACAUAAUUCUUGGAUUGUGGA